AAGUAUAUUUUUAGGUAAUCAGUAAAAAAUUUUGUAAGCACCAAAAAUUUCACCUUCUAUAAAUAAGUAGAUAUUAGAAUUCAGAACCAGAAAACCCCCUCCAAAAACAAUGGCAGGUGCAGAGUGCUGCUCAAACCCUCCUACCCUGAACCCAAAUGCAGGAAUAGGCCAUGUUGAAAAGUUUGCUGGUCUUGAUUCCUAUCUCACCGGCUCUUCUCACUCCAACCUCGCCGUUCUUCUCAUCUCCGAUGUUUUUGGGUAUGAAGCACCAAAUCUAAGGAAGCUUGCAGACAAGAUUGCGGCUUCUGGUUACUAUGUGGUUGUUCCGGACUUCUUUUAUGGUGAACCCUAUGAUCCUCAGAAUCCUAACAGACCUAUAGGAGAGUGGCUAAAAGAUCAUGGAACGGAUAAAGGUUUUGGAGAUGCAAAACCCGUUGUUGAAGCCUUAAAAAGUAAAGGUAUCUCUGCUAUUGGUGCAGUUGGUUUUUGUUGGGGUGCUAAGGUUGUGGUUGAACUUGCAAAACCUAAACUUAUCCAAGUUGCUGUGCUGUUACAUCCAACAUUUGUCACUGUUGAAGAUAUCAGUGCUGUUGAUAUUCCAAUUGGCAUUCUUGGAGCUGAAAUAGAUCAAGUUUCCCCUCCAGAACUUAUAAAGAAGUUUGAACAAGUCCUGAAGGCUAAACCUCGGGUUGACAGUUACGUUAAGGUAGUUCCAAAGGUGGCACAUGGUUGGACUGUGAGGUAUGACCCUCAAGAUUCAAAAGCAGUGAAGGAUGCUGAGGAGGCUCAUCACUUUGUUUUGGACUGGUUUCCUAAACAUCUCAAGUGAGAAAUUGUGUCAAGAAUAUAUCACUUAUGUUUCAUUGCUUGUUGGACAUGAAUAUUACGUUCAUCUAUCGUUAUUAAACUUAUGAUAUGAUGCUGCUCUCCGUGGUUUAAGAUAUCAAGGCAUAUAUAUGUUUUGAUGUUUAACACUACUAUGAUUGUUCCUUGUUUCUUUAUAGUAACUUGAACUAUUUCUCCAUGUUUAUGUUUAUACAUAAUGGUUUUCAACCGAAA